GCCGCUCGCGCGUCGCGUCGCGGUGACGCGGAGGCGUCUGCGCGUGACGUCGCGCGACUCCGGUCCCGCUCCCGGCCUCACCUCGCCGUCCCUCGGCCCGCGCCGCCGCCCCUGCCGCCAUGGCGAACGUGGCCGACACGAAGCUGUACGACAUCCUGGGGGUGCCGCCCGGGGCCUCGGACAACGAACUGAAGAAGGCAUACAGAAAGCUGGCCAAGGAAUACCAUCCUGAUAAGAAUCCAAAUGCAGGGGACAAAUUCAAAGAAAUAAGCUUUGCUUAUGAAGUGCUGUCAAAUCCAGAGAAGCGUGAGUUAUAUGAUAGAUAUGGAGAACAGGGUCUUCGAGAAGGUAGCGGUGAAAGUGCAAUGGACGAUAUUUUCUCCCAUAUCUUUGGUGGUGGAUUGUUCAAUUUCAUGGGUGGCCAGAGUAGAAGUCGUAAUGGCAGAAGAAGAGGAGAAGAUAUGAUGCAUCCACUCAAAGUCUCUUUAGAAGAUCUGUAUAAUGGAAAGACAACUAAACUACAACUUAGCAAGAAUGUCCUUUGUAGUGCAUGUAAUGGGCAGGGAGGGAAGGCUGGAGCUGUUCAGAAAUGCAAUGCUUGUCGGGGGAGAGGUGUACGCAUCAUGAUCAGACAGCUGGCUCCUGGAAUGGUGCAGCAGAUGCAGUCUGUGUGCUCUGACUGCAAUGGAGAAGGUGAAGUAAUUAAUGAAAAAGACCGCUGUAAAAAAUGUGAAGGGAAGAAGGUGAUCAAAGAGGUAAAAAUACUUGAAGUCCAUGUAGACAAAGGCAUGAAACAUGGGCAGAGGAUUACAUUCAGUGGAGAAGCAGAUCAGGCUCCAGGAGUGGAACCAGGCGAUAUUGUCAUUUUACUCCAAGAAAAGGAGAAUGAGGUGUUCCCGGAUGGGAAUGACUUGCAUAUGACGCACAAGAUUGGACUUGUUGAAGCACUGUGUGGAUUUCAGUUCACAUUUAAGCACCUUGAUGGACGUCAAUUGUGGUUAAAUAUCCUCUGGAAAAGUAAUUGACCAGGUUGUGUUCGUGUGGUCAGAGGUGAAGGAAUGCCACAGUAUCGCAAUCCUUUUGAGAAGGGGGAUCUUUACAUUAAAUUUGAUGUUCAAUUUCCUGAAAAUAACUGGAUUAACCCAGAAAAGCUUUCAGAACUUGAAGAUCUGCUGCCAGCUAGACCAGAAUUUCCCAAUGUAAUUGGUGAUGCGGAAGAGGUAGAUCUUCAGGAAUUCGAUACCACUCGUGGUUCAGGUGGUGGCCAGAGACGUGAAGCCUAUAACGAUAGUUCUGAUGAAGAAAGCAGCCAUCACGGACCUGGGGUACAGUGUGCCCAUCAGUAAACGUUUGUCUAAAAAGUUGCACAAGGAUUUUCUUUCAAAUUUUGCCUGACUUGUUUUCAGCAAUCCAGCUGGAUUGUGUAAGUAAUCCAGACAAACCAAUGGACAUCUAUUGCUGUAUGUGAACUUUUAAAUUGGUCUAUAGUAGCUACAGAGUGUAAUUUAAACUAACCAAAAGCUUACAUCUUCAUUUUGACUGUGUAGCAGAAUAAAGCACUUGAAAGGAAGACGAGACUCCUUUUCACAUGGGUUUUAGUUUGUCCUCGUGUCUGUGCUUGAUUUUUACCAGUUUUGGUGUAGAUUUUAAGUUCCAUAUUUUAAAUUCGAAUUCUACAUUGUAAAGUUUGUGUACAAUGUGUCCUGAGGCUUGGUAUUUGGCUGCACCUGGCAUAGCUGCUACAAGUAGAAUAAAGAAUUUCAUAGCCUGUAUCUAUCAUCUAGAUGCAUGGUAAAUGGGCUUCGCACAUAAUGGGUUUAGAGCUGACGGGGAACAAUGGAAGACUGAAUUAGAAGUGGUUGUAAGUUUUUUCUACCAUCUUGUGAACGGUUUCUGAAAUUAAAUAAAAGCAGUUGGUGUAUAAUAGA